AGAGUCGGCUCUUUAAACCUACUCGUUCUUGACCAACACAUCACUAGUUGUCAAUAGAAACGUGUCAGAGCUCUAAACUCACCAACGGCUGCUGAAAACAAGAGAAGACAAGUUCUGGGUUUGUCUUUGUCUCUGCGAUAAAAGGAGGAUGCUGGGGUAUAUCUGGCAGUAUGUCUACACGUCCUUCCUGAGAUACUGGCUGAAGUGGUUCCUCAGACAGGUAACAGGGACAUGUGAGCUGCAGAGAAUAUGCUCUGGAUACAAGCCAGGGGCUACAAGGACGAUAAAAGCAGAAUAUUCUCUCGGGUCAUCAAAGAACAAGGUUUUAAGAGGAGCUUUGGAAACCAGCAAGGAUAAUUUGGAGCAAUGUGUGGAUCAAAUUAUGAAAGCGAAGAAUGUCAAACCCCAGAAAGAUCCACUGUUCAAGGAAAGCCUACACAUCUGUCUGUUACAGAUAACAGGAAACAGCAGCCUGUAUAAAUCUGUGGAAGACUUGAGAAAAGAAGUCUUCAACUCGGAUGACCAAGAACACGAGGCCAUGCUGUUGAAGCUGUGGGACCUGUUGAUGCCAGCAGUCAAACUGGAGUCGAGGAUCACCAAACAGUGGGGAGACAUUGGAUUCCAAGGAGACGACCCCAAGACCGACUUCAGAGGAAUGGGCAUGCUGGGCCUAAUCAACCUUGUGUUUUUCAGUGAAAACUACACAGAGGAGGCUCGUCAGGUGUUGUCUCAUGCAAACCAUCCUAAACUAGGGUAUUCAUAUGCCAUCGUUGGGAUCAACUUGACAGAGAUGGCCUACAGCCUCCUGAAGAGUGGUGCUUUGAAACCCCAUUUCUACAAUACAGUACUGGGCACACCUGAGCUCCGGUACUUUCAUCAGCUAUACUGUUAUCUGGCGUAUGAAUUUGAUAAAUUCUGGGUGGCAGAAGAACCAGAAAGCAUCAUGCAUUUCAAUCAGUACAGAGAAAAAUUCCAUGACAUAGUCAAGGCACAUCUACAGGACCCCGAUGUGACCCUCACACUGACUGUCCGCUCUAACAACUAACAUUAUACAGAAAUAUUCCCUCACCUCUCCACGGCCCCUGACGCUGCUUGAUCAGGUAGAGGAAGGCAAGAAGCAUUAAGUGAUGCUGAACAUUAACAAACAACAAAAAGCUGGUUGGUCAAACAAAUGAAUCCUCUUAUAUUUGGCUCUGUGGUCCAUUAGUCACGCUCUGUUCAUCUUGUUCCAGUGAGAGUUAAGAGUUUUAAAAUAGAGCACAAAUCUAACACCCAAUACCUCAAAAAUGACCAUUCCAGUGUUUAAUUAACCUUCGUAAAGGGGAAAUGAGAGCUGCUGCUGCUGCAGAGGACUGUAGAGAUAACGGGUCCGUCUGUUGUGAGGAUUUAAGCACUUUCAGUGAGCAAGCAGCCAAAUUGUUGCAGUUAAAAAACAGUUAUUGAAAAAUGGUAAUUAACUACCAUAUUUGUAGCUGUCUUGUUUGUGUUUAUGUAAACAAGCCCCGAGCCACACUGGACGCUUGAGCAGCACGUGGCGGCUACCUCUCUGAACUUGCUGUGUAUCUCACGCGUGUGGCGUCCUCGACGGCAGCGUUUCUACUACUGCGCUGCUACUGCCAGCCCUUUCUUUCCACAUAGUUUGCCUUUCAUAAUUUCAAUUUAAUUAUAAAUGUCAUUUAUAUUUAUUUUAGACAGAAAAAUGAAAAAUGUUUUAGUGUGCUCAUUUGUAAAUAAUAAUAAUAAUAAUCC